GUUAUGGUCAACAGUAUCAGUUGAAUAUUCAGCAAAUUCAAUUAUCUCAUCUUCAAAGAAGAAAUCAAACAAUACAACAUCCAAAAUGUUCUGUCAGUUAUUGGUAUGUACAAUUGCCUUAGCCACCUACGUAAAUGCAGGAGCAUUACCAGUAGCGGCGCCAGUUGCAGCAGCACCAGUCCUUGCAAAAGUUGAAGAAUACGAUCCACAUCCACAAUACAGUUUUGCAUACAAUAUUAAUGAUGCUUUAACUGGUGAUGCUAAAAAUCAACAAGAAAUCCGUGAAGGUGAUUUUGUAAAAGGAAGUUACAGUUUAAUUGAACCUGAUGGUACUCGUCGUACUGUUAACUACAUUGCCGAUCCCGUCAAUGGUUUCAACGCAAUCGUUAACCGGGAACCAGCUGCAGCUUUAGUUAGAGCAGCUCCAGUGGUUGCUGCUGCCCCAGCUCCAGUAGUUGCCCCCGCACCAGUUGCUGCUCCAGUCAUUACUGCAAACAGAUAUGUUGCUGCUGCACCAGCACCAGUAGUAGCAGCACCAGCUGCAAGAUACUUUGCUGCUCCAGCUCCAGUAGUAGCUCCAGCUCCAGUUGCAGCUCCUGCUCCAGUAUUUGCUGCUCGAUAUGCAGUGUCACCAGCUGGUGCUGCAGUAGCUUUACCUGGAUAUGCCAGAUUUGCAGCUGCACCUUACACAUUCCCAGCACCUGCUGCACCAUUUGCUGCUGCCUAUGUUCGCUAAUGUAUACAAUUAAAACUUAAUCGUGAUUAUUCAUUUUUAGUUAAAAUCCUGUAAUCGACUUUUUUUUAUUUUUUGUUGUUCUGUUUUAUUUUGUUUUUUAUACUGUGUAAACUCCAAUGCCAAAUGGAUGUAAAAAAAAAAAAACUUUAGUUGUUAAGAAAUAAAAAAAUUAUUUGCUA